AGAGGGAAACAAGCUUCCAGACACUAGAUACAGGAUCCAGAGAAACCAGACAGAGAACAAAGAGAGAGCUGAGUUAUGGAGACACAUCACUGUGACACAUGUGGGAAGAGCCUUUCCUCAUCCAGUAACCUCAAGAGGCACAUGAGAAUCCACACUGGAGAGAAGCCCUACAGCUGUGACCUCUGUGGUAAAACCUUUAGCCAUGCUAGCAGUUACAAAGAUCACCGCAGGAUCCAUACUGGAGAGAAGCCCUACAGCUGUGACCUCUGUGAUAAAACCUUUAGCCAUGCUGGCAGCUUAAGAGGUCACCACAGGAUCCACAAUGGAGAGAAGCCCUACAGCUGUGACCUCUGUGGUAAAACCUUUAGACAGGCUGACCAUUUCAGAGCUCAUAGCAGGAUCCACACUGGAGAGAAGCCCUACAGCUGUGACCUCUGUGGUAAAACCUUUAGGCAGGCUGGCAGUUUCACAGCUCACUACAGAAUCCACACUGGAGAGAAGCCCUACAGCUGUGACCUCUGUGAUAAAACCUUUAGCCAUGCUGGCAGCUUAAGAGGUCACCACAGGAUCCACAAUGGAGAGAAGCCCUACAUCUGUGACCUCUGUGGUAAAACUUUUAGCAAUGCAACAAGUUUCACUUUUCACCGCAGAAUCCACACUGGAGAGAAGCCCUACAGCUGUGACCUCUGUGGUAAAACCUUUAGACAGACUGGGAAAUUAACAGAUCACCUCAGAAUCCACACUGGAGAGAAAUCCUACAGCUGUGAAGUCUGUGGUAAAUCCUUUAGCAAGGCUUUCAAUGUCACAGUUCACAGCAGGAUCCACACUGGAGAGAAGCCCUACAGCUGUGACCUAUGUGAUAAAACGUUUAGCCAUUCUGGCAAUCUCAGAGCUCACUGCAGGACCCACACAGGAGAGAAGAUCUAA